CAUAUACAUAUGUACAUGAGUGUAAAUUAAAUAUUGAAAAAACGUUUUCUAUUUUUUCUACGGAUUAAAGGUGCUACUGCUUAUUAUAAUUUUAUGCGUAUGCCUGUCUGUUUGGCAAAGUGCAGCCAGCACACACACACGCAUACAUAAAUACACGUACAUGUGACGCUAAGAAAACAUUGCUCGUUGAGUUUGUCUCAUCAAAGUUGACUUUGACGCGUUGCGUACCGGUCGGUGGCAGUUCGUCGCAGUUGUCGCUGAAGAAAAGUGAAUGUUAUUGUUGUUGACGGCAAUUUUUGCAAACAAAAAUACACAUUUUAACGUUUUUGUGAUCUUUAAUUUCGAAGACUUUUGUUGUCAUGUUGAGUGCUAACAGCGUUUCUUGAAAAAGCGACAAGUGUUAAGUGUGCGCGGCUUUAACCGACAUUUAGCGGCAAAAAAUUAAAAAAAAAAAAUAUUUCAAAUAAUAGUGAAUAGUGUGAAUAAUUGGCGAAGAAGGUGAAGCUAAUAAACCGAAAAAAGAAAACAAAUUAAUAACGGGCAAUAAAACUGAAAAACUUAAAAAUAUUAUUAUAAAAACAACUCAAAACCGUGAAAGCUGUCUGAAAUUCUGACAAAUAUUUACUUAACAGUUAACGACGAUCAACACAAGCUGUUCCGUUAUAUUUCGUGCGCAUUGCGGCAAUAAUUGCGAGUGAAACUUAUCUUUGAAAAAAGAAAAUAAACAAAACAAAGUAAAAAAGCGAGCAAUAAAGAAAAGUAAAGCAGAAAAAAAAAUAAAGUGAAAUAAAAUAAAAAGUGCAAAAAUAAAAAAAAAUAUUAAGAAAAGAUAAAAGAUAAGCUGCAAACUAUCUUGUGUUUUUGCGUCUUCUAAUUUACUGCGAGAAUCUCUUAAACUCAAAAAUGUCAAUUUGGCUGAACAACAAACACGCACACACAUUUUGCUGCGCAUGCGCCACUGCAUUGCUUACACUUUUGCUGCUGAUUGACGGCGCUGAGAGUUAUGGCUUCGGCAGAUGUCCGAAAUAUCCAUCGAUGCCGAAAUUCAAUAUGAGCAGGGUACUUGGUCAAUGGUACGAAGUGGAGCGUUCCUUUUAUCUGCCCGAAAUCGCGUCUGGUUGCACGAUACUGGAAUUUCAACCGCUACAUAAGGAGAAACUUUCCAAGUUUAAUAAUUUUGAGCUCGAAGUGGCAAUCAAAACGAUAAACAGAUUAACCGGCAAUCCGUCAGUGAAUCUGGGUUAUGCCACGCCUGAGAAUCGAAAGUCUUCAAUUAUGGAUUUUAAGUUCAACACCCGCUUCCCGGACGUUAUCGCACGACUACUGCCUGGCUCUGGCAAAUAUCAAGUGCUCUACACGGACUAUGAGAAUUUUGCGAUUCUUUGGUCUUGUGGCAGUCUCGGCUCGAUCGGUUAUUCCGAUCAAAUUUGGGUGUUCGGACGCGAUCGCGAUUUCCCCGUAGAAGUUCGUACGAAAAUCUACGACGCCCUAAAGAAAUUGGGGCUGGAUCCGGAGCGAUUAGUGUUGAGUAAGAAUAAAAAUUGUCCACAAACAUUAUAGUUAACUUUGCCAUAAAAAUUCACACAAAAUAAAUUAACUACUUUAUUUUAAAUAAUAUAAUAAAUAACUGUGUAUAUAUAAUUAAUUUUACACUAAACUCAAAAUAAGUUAUAGGAAGAAAUUGGUAAUUAUUUUAAAGUAAAAAAAUGAAAUUAAAAAAAAAAGAUUAUAGCCUAGCAUAAUUAUACUAGAUUAAGUCGCUGUGAUAGUAAGAAAAGUGCAUCCGAAUGAUCAUUCCGAAAAUUGUUUAUGUAUUAAGAUGUAAAUAAACGACAAUAAAUUUAUAUAUUAUAUAAUGUGAUAA